CACAGCUGUCAUCAUAAAUUAGCAGGCAGAAUGGGUGAGUGGGUCAGAAAGAGAGAGAUGUGGAUCACUGUAAACAUCUGCCUGUAUCUGUCUUUUAAAUGCAUCUCUGCAGCUUCAAUCCACAGAUCAGGUACUUGUCAGCUCCAGGGACGCUUCAAGUUAAAUGGAAUGUACCAGGAUGGAGAUGUUAUACUUGGAGGCCUGUUUGAGGUUCAUUUUUUCACUGUGUUCCCAGAGCUGAUCUUCAGAACUGAGCCAGAACCACCAUACUGUGAAAAAUUUGAUAUGGAAAGCUUCCAGCAGGCACAGACCAUGGUUUUUGCUAUAGAUGAGAUCAAUAAGAAUCCAAAUCUGCUGCCUAAUGUCACUCUUGGUUACCAUCUUUAUGACAACUGUGUGAUGCUAGGAAUGGCAUUCCGUGCUGCCAUAUCCCUAGUUAGUGGAACAGAAGAGAGAUUUUCCAACCUCAACUGUACUGGCCCUCCUCCAGUGAUUGGGAUUGUGGGUGAUCCAGGUUCAACUCCAUCCAUUGCAAUUUCCAGUGUUCUGGGGCUGUUUCGAGUACCUAUAGUUAGUCACUAUGCAACCUGCUCCUGUUUGAGUGACAGGAAAAAGUACCCCUCUUUCUUUAGAACAAUCCCCAGUGAUGCCUUCCAGGUGCGGGCUAUGGUUCAGAUCUUAAGGCAUUUUGGAUGGACAUGGGUUGGACUCCUCUACAGUGAUGACGACUACGGCAUCUAUGCUUCUGUUUCCUUUAAGCAGGAAAUGCAGCUGUUUGGAGGUUGUGUUGCUUUUUCUGAAAUCCUGCCCCAUGAUAACAACCACAAAGACAUUCGGCGUAUAAUAGGAGUGAUUCAGGCCUCUACAGCUAGAGUGGUGGUUGUUUUUUCUACUUCAUCCUAUCUGAUGGCUUUGAUGGAUGAGGUGGUAUUGCAAAACCUGACAGGCAGACAGUGGAUUGCAAGUGAAGCAUGGGCUACCUCACCUGUGUUUCACACUUCACGUUUCCUGCCGUUUUUGGGGGGCACACUGGGCAUUGCCAUCAGACGUGGAGAGAUCCAAGGACUUCAAGAGUUUUUGCUACGUCUUUGUCCCAGCAAUGAUCCAAGAAAUAAUAUGUUGAAGAUCUUCUGGGAAAACAUGUUCAGGUGCAGUUAUAAAACUGGGGGUAUGGCGAUAGAUGGAGAGCAAGUGAAAAAGGUGUGUACAGGACAGGAGGAUCUGAUCAUCACAAACACACCAUACACUGAUGUUUCAGGGCUGAGAGCAGCUUAUAAUGUCUAUAAGGCAGUUUAUGCCCUGGCACAUGCACUUCAUGACCUAAUGCAGUGUGAGGAGGGUAGUGGACCAUUUAGUGGCAACAGAUGUGCCGCCAUAACCAACCUAAAACCCUGGCAGCUGGUUCACUACCUACAGAAAGUGAACUUCACCACAGGCUUUGGGGAUCAUGUGUCAUUUGAUAAGAAUGGAGAUGCUCUGGCUAUUUAUGAUGUACUGAACUGGCAACCAAACUCUGACGGAUCAAUACGGGUCUACACAGUUGGUGUAGUGAAUGAAGGGGCAGGGAAUGGGAAGGUGCUUUCACUGAACGAGGAUGCGUUAUACUGGAACUUUCAGUUUAAAAAACCCCCACAGUCUGUGUGCAGUGAGAGCUGCCCCCCAGGCACCAGACAAGCCAUGAGGAAGGGUCUUCCUGUCUGCUGUUUUGACUGCCUGCCAUGCAGAGAUGGAGAGAUUUCUAAUACAACAGAUGCAAUUGAGUGUACUGCAUGUCCAGAUGAGUUCUGGUCCAAUCCAGAUAAGGACCAGUGUGUUCCCAAAGAAGUAGAGUUUCUUUCCUAUGAGGAUCCUCUAGGCAUCUCUCUGACUACUGCAUCUCUGCUUGGCACCUGCAUCUGCACUCUUGUAAUGGCCAUCUUUGCUCAUCACCGUAACACUCCCAUAGUACGAGCCAACAAUUCAGAGCUUAGCUUUCUGCUGCUGUUGUCACUUAAACUGUGUUUCCUGUGUGUGCUGCUGUUCAUUGGCCGGCCACAGUUGUGGACAUGUCAGUUAAGACAUGCUCUGUUUGGUAUAAGCUUUGUCCUGUGCAUCUCCAGCAUCCUUGUUAAGACCAUGGUGGUAAUAGCUGUAUUCAAGUCAUCUCGGCCAGAAGGCAAAGGUGCGAUGAAAUGGUUUGGAGUAGCUCAACAAAGAUGCACAGUUCUGGUCCUAACAGCCCUCCAGGUUGUGAUAUGUGCAGUCUGGCUAUCAACUGCCUCUCCAACACCACAGAAAAACAACCAGUAUACUCGCUCUAAAAUAGUAUAUGAAUGUGCUAUAGGCUCAGUGGCUGGUUUUUCUAUGCUGCUGGGAUACAUUGGACUGUUGGCAGCAGUAAGCUUCCUGUUAGCCUUCCUGGCGAGAAAUCUACCAGAUAAUUUUAAUGAAGCAAAGUUUAUCACUUUUAGCAUGUUGAUCUUCUGUGCUGUGUGGAUUUCAUUUGUUCCAGCAUAUGUAAGCUCACCAGGGAAAUAUGCAGUGGCUGUGGAGAUAUUUGCAAUCCUAGCUUCCAGUUUUGGAUUACUGGUGGCCAUAUUUGCCCCUAAGUGCUACAUCAUCCUUUUACAUCCAGAGAGAAACACUAAAAAAGCCAUCAUGGGAAGAGAAACACAAAAUAAAUAG